UGGGCCUCGAUUAUUUGCUGAAAUUGGGCUUGUAACAUUUUCGAUAGCUGAGCCCUACUAUAAAUAAAGCAUGCUGCUUCUCUUCGUAAAACCCUAAUCGGCAGAGCAGCUUCUCUCAGGUAAGCUGGUAGAUUUAUCGUAGGGUUUCAGACUGUACCUAACCAAAUGGCUCCAGCUAAAGCUGAUCCGUCCAAAAAAUCUGAUCCCAAGGCACAGGCAGCUAAGGUUGCCAAGGCCGUCAAGUCAGGAUCAACCUUCAAGAAGAAGUCACAAAAGAUAAGGACAAAAGUUACAUUCCACCGACCCAAGACUUUGAAGAAGGAUAGAAACCCCAAGUACCCUCGUAUCAGUGCACCUGGAAGGAACAAACUUGAUCAGUACGGAAUUCUAAAGUAUCCCCUCACCACCGAGUCUGCAAUGAAGAAGAUUGAGGACAACAAUACCCUUGUUUUCAUCGUGGACAUCAAGGCUGAUAAAAGGAAGAUUAAGGAUGCCGUGAAGAAGAUGUAUGACAUCCAGACAAAGAAAGUCAAUACCUUGAUUAGGCCUGAUGGGACUAAGAAAGCAUAUGUGAGGUUGACUCCUGACUACGAUGCAUUGGACGUUGCCAACAAAAUUGGAAUCAUCUAAACUAGUAGUUACCUGUUUAGAAUUUUACGAGAAUUUAAAAUCUUGGAUUGAGUUUUUAGAUACACUUGAAUGGAAGUGCCUUCUAUUUUUCAUUUUGAAUUUUGUGUUUUGGAGACAUGUUUUGUUCCGUAUAAGAGAAAUCAACUUUUAUGCUGCAGUUUUUCUUUCUCGAAA